AAUUUGACUGCUGCGCCUUAGGCUUUAUAAACAAGGCUCACCGUUCCAUUCUAUGAACCACGUCAACUGUCCCUCUUUCUCUCACAACAUGGAUAGAUGCCUGUCUUUCUUCUCCUUUGCUGGACUAGCUUAUCUGCUCACAGCGGCUGCAGUUGGAAGCCAUGCGACGUCACCAUCCGAGGCUUAUUGGCAGAAGGUGCUGCCAAACACUCCAAUGCCAAGCGCUGUACGAGAUUUCUUCAACCUGGACUUGAUGGACGAGAAGACAGGCACCACCAUUGACGUAGGCAAGGUCAAACACAAGGGUGGAGUCAAUGAGAACACAGGCCACAAGGGAAAGCCGGUGGUCAUCCAUGCCAUAAAUCCCAAGUACCGUUUUGCAGCCCCAACAGAUGCAGCUGAUCAGCUCCGUGAUCAAAAGGUCGCAGUCUUCUUCCUUAAGAAGGACUUGCACACAGGUGCUAGGAUGAAUUUAAUCUUCCCCAAGGCCAUUACUGGGUCCACACUCCUUCGUGGGUCACUAAGCGGCCCGCCGCUUGAUGGAAAAAAGCUUCCUGAGAUUAUAAACAAAUUCUCCAUCGAACCCAAAUCGCCAGAAGCUAAAGCGAUCAAGAAAACCCUCCAAGCAUGCACCGAGCCCGCAAUCAAGGGUGAAGACAGAUAUUGCACGACGUCAAUAGAAUCCAUGAUCGACUUUACAGUAUCGAAUAUCGGAACAGAUGUCCAGGUGUUGGCGACGACCGUGGGAAAGGACACAUCGAACCAAAUGUACACCAUUGCACCAGGGGUUCAAAAGAUGAGGAGCCCAAAGUCAGUAGCUUGCCACCCCCAAAUAUAUGUGUACCCGGUGUAUUACUGCCAUGAGACGCACGCCACGAGUGCUUACGUUGUCCCGUUGGUCGGGACGGAUGGUUCAAAGGUCAAGGCAGUCGCGAUGUGUCACGAGGACACUUCGUCAUGGAACCCCAAACACAUAUCAUUCCAACUACUGAAGGUGAAACCAGGGUCUGUUCCUAUAUGUCAUUUCCUCUCUCAGGAUAACAUAGUUUGGGUCCAAAAAUAACAAGUCCUUUUUCAAUCUAGGAUUACAUAUACCUUUAGGUUGAAUAUGUAGUUGGUGAAUGUUGUGGUUUAUGUCAUGCUUUGUGUGCUCAUUUGCUGUUUUUUUUUUUUUCAUGAAUAUGAUAUGAGAGAGAUUUCAGUAUGCUUGUAAGGUUGUUGUGAUUAAUGAAUAAUAGCAUGUAAAUCUCUCUUAUGGUGUUUAAUCUAUGAGAGAUCUCUCUCUUGUAUACAA